AUGGGUUUGGGUUCAAAGAUUAAGAACGCGCUCCACAGCGACGACCACCCCCAGAAGUCCUACGAGGGUGAGCAACCUCCGGGCGCGUUCCCUUCGGAUUCCACCACCGCCGCAAACACCAAGCACAACACUCUAGGCACCACAGGCACCACAGGCACCACAGGCAACCACACCGGCAACCAUACGACCGGUGGAUACUCCGGUGGCAAGACUGGUACGACGGGCACACACACCAGUGCUCACAGUGGCUCUCACACCAGCAACACUGCAACAGGGUAUGACGAUCCCGAUGGCGUCCACGGCCCUCACGGCAGGAGGACUUUGAACAAGGCGGAUCCUCGUGUGGAUUCUGACCGUGACCACCGUGGCGCCCCUAGCUCUGGUUUGACUGGCAGCAAUACUACCCAUGGUCAAACUUCGGGAACCGGCUUGACCGGGAACAGUUCCACUCGCGGUACUCAUGGCACGGCUACGAACUCAAGUGUAACCGGCAGUAACAACCCCUACUCGAGCAAUGCCACCACAGGUUAUAACGACCCCGACGGAGUCCAUGGUCCCCAUAGCGGACGUGCGGCCAAUAAGAUUGAUCCCCGCGUCGACUCCGACCGCGACCACCGUGGCGCUCCCGGCUCUGGUUUGACCGGAAGCAAUACAUACGGCACAAGCACCGGCACCGGUCACGCCGGGGGUCUCAACAGCAACCCUCAUGGCGGAGCUACCGGUGGCAUUGCCGGCAAUCACACUACCGGCUAUGAUGAUCCCGAUGGAGUCCACGGUCCACAUGGCGGACGUGCGGCUAACAAGAUUGAUCCCCGCGUCGACUCCGACCGUGACCACCGUGGCGCUCCCGGCUCUGGUUUGACCGGAAGCAAUACCUACGGCACAAGCACCGGCACCGGUCACGCCGGGGUCUCAACAGCAACCCUCAUGGCGGAGCUGCCGGUGGUAUCGCCGGCAACCACACUGCCGAUUAUAACCACACUACCGGCUAUGACGACCCUAACGGAGUCCAUGGUCCCCAUGGUGGACCUUGACCCCCGUGUCGACUCUGACCGUGAUCACCGUGGCGCGCCUGCCACCGGGCUUACCGGCACCCAUCGCCCCACUGACUCCGGUGUUGAUGUUGGACACGGCCCCGGUCACAACAAGCCGUACCCUGGCGGGAACCUUCGGAACACCCAGGAACCAUACUGGGGCGAUGUAGGACGCGAUGGUCACAGUGUCGCCGGUACUCGCGGAACCCAGGGUACUUCUGGUACUCUUAACAAGGACUUGCCUCUGCGCCCUAACGAGUCUGGUAUCGGCCGAGGAGGUCCUCAGGCCAUAGGUGGGGGCACUUACAAUGCCGCUGAUACUCACCAUCAUGACCCUGCUUCCAGCGUUGACCGCUCCAUGGAAGGACGUGACUUCACCCACACCAACCAGAGCGGCAACGUCGGUAUCGGCGGUGCCGGCAGCGACCCUUACAGCGGUGUCCACGGCGCUGCUCAUAAUCCUCAGGCGGCUCUCGCUGGCGGUAGCACCAGCGAUCCUUACGACACCCGGAUGAGAGACAGAGACAUGGGUCGCGAGCGUACUGGCCAUGGUGCCGCUGGCGCAGGUAUCGGUGCAGGCGUUGGCGCGGGUGCCGCCAUGGCUGCUGGCCAGGCUGCCCACCGUCAUCACCGUGAUGACAUGCAUGAGUCUGGUUACGGCGCGGGCAACACCGGUGCCGGUAGUCUGAACUCUGGCAUUGGCCACAACAACACCGCGUCCCACGGUAUUUCUAACACCCACGGCGGUGUCGGCGGCGGUGUCGGCAGCGGCGUUGGUGGUGUUGAUGGUCACUCUCGCUCCAGCAUCAGCGGCCAUGAACCUGAUGUUCCCAGAACGAGCAUGCUUGACCCCUACAACGAGUCUUCCACCACUUCAGGCGUUCAAGGCAAUGUGGCCGGUGGCAAAGGUGGUCAUUACGAAGGACGCAACGGAUCUCCCCCAUUCAACCAAGGUAUGCAAAAUCCCCAUGUCCCUGGCACCACCGGCCUGGGAUCCAGUAAUAUGGGCCCUGACCACUAUGGCCCAGGACAUGAAGGAGCUAAGGUUUUCCACACCUGCACACGCUGUGGCGAGGACAACGACAUCAGCAAGUACUUUAAGAAGGAUGCAGUAUACCGCAUGGGUUAA